AAAUCUCAGCCCAACACAUUGACGUAGGGAGAGGAUAAGACCUCACAAACAAAACAACCAUCUUAACAUAAACCAACCAAACUACAGAACACAAAACUCAGUUGCAACAAUGUCUUGCUCCAAUCUCACAAUGUUGGUGUCCUCCAAACCUUCUUUAUCUGAUGCUUCUAACCUCUCCUUCCGUUCUGUCCUCAACCCUUUUCAGCUUCCUUCACAAAACUCAAAUUGCAGCCCUUCAAGACCCUCUGUCACCCCAGUUCAGUGUGGUCUCCGAGAGCUCAGAACCCGUAUUGAUUCUGUGAAGAACACACAGAAAAUCACAGAGGCAAUGAAGCUUGUGGCUGCUGCUAAAGUCAGAAGAGCUCAAGAAGCUGUUGUGAAUGGAAGGCCUUUCUCAGAGACCCUUGUUGAAGUCCUUUACAACAUCAAUGAGCAGCUUCUAACUGAAGAUAUUGAUACCCCUCUCACCAAGAUUAGGCCAGUGAAGAAGGUUGCACUUGUUGUUUGCACAGGAGAUAGAGGUCUUUGUGGUGGGUUCAAUAAUCAAAUCAUAAAGAAAGCUGAGGCCAGAAUUGCUGAGUUGAAGGGUCUUGGUCUUGAUUAUACUAUCAUUAGUGUUGGUAAAAAGGGUAACUCUUAUUUCCUUCGUAGGCCUUACAUACCGGUUGAUAAGUUUCUUGAAGGUGGUUCACUUCCCACUGCUAAAGAGGCUCAAGCAAUUGCUGAUGAUGUUUUCUCACUGUUUGUGAGUGAAGAGGUUGAUAAAGUGGAGCUUUUGUACACCAAAUUUGUGUCAUUAGUGAAGUCAGAUCCAGUAAUUCAUACCUUGCUUCCACUCUCACCAAAAGGAGAGAUAUGUGAUAUAAAUGGGAAUUGUGUGGAUGCUGCUGAGGAUGAGUUCUUCAGGUUAACAACCAAGGAAGGCAAGUUAACUGUGGAAAGAGAUGUUGUGAGGUCUAACACUGCAGAUUUUUCUCCCAUUUUGCAAUUUGAGCAGGACCCAGUUCAGAUCCUUGAUGCACUCUUGCCUCUAUAUUUGAACAGCCAAAUCUUGAGGGCAUUGCAGGAAUCACUUGCUAGUGAGCUAGCUGCUAGAAUGAGUGCUAUGAGCAGUGCAUCUGAUAAUGCAGUUGAGUUGAAGAAGAACUUGUCAAGGGUCUACAACAGGCAACGUCAGGCUAAAAUCACAGGCGAAAUUCUCGAAAUUGUUGCUGGUGCCAAUGCCCUGCAAUAGUGCACUAUGCCUAUUCCUUCUCUCAUCCAUGUUUGGAUAUCUUUGUAGGUAUUAUAAUGGGUAUCGCCCCUUUUCUUUCUCAUAUGCUGGUUUACUAAAUGACUGUUAUGCAAUUCUUACGCUUUUAUUGUCUCUCUCAAAUGCGCAAACUUUGUGCUCUAGGAAAACUGUUCUUUAAUCUGAAACGGAUGCCUUUUUUAGUUAAGAUUUUGUUUUUUCCACUUAUAAAUUAUAUAUGUAAUAAUAAAUCUAUAUAAAGAUUCUGAGAGUUCUCUUU